AUGAGCCGUUGGAUCUGCCCGACUGUGUUUGGAGGGAGCUAUUUGAACUUGUUAGUAUACUGGUUCUUCACUCACAUCCCGGCCAAUUGGAUCACCUCAUACCUUGGACGACAUGUUUUCCUGGCCCUGUCUCAGACUGUCCCUGGGUAUAUACAGCCUUCACUCCCUGUUAUCUGGCGUGUAUCAAUGCUGCCUCCAUCGUCUUCCAAUCCAAUUACUUCCAAUCCAUCCAUUUUGACCGCAUGGAAAAGCCAAAACGUCGGAAUAAAGUUGUCCCGUGACCUUCCACAAGCUGAAGCAGCAGAAGAUAAGAAGACGAAGAAGACGAAGAAGAGACGAACGAAAGGCGCCGGCUUUGCUCACUUGCUUCUUCUGCUACGUUUUGUUUUGCUGAUAGAGAACGUCUCACUACGCAGUUGGUUUUACCCUGAGAGAACCCUCGAAUACCACAAUCUUCGCUCCAGCCUGCUGCUCGGGGGCGGCUGUGGACGAAGGGCCACUAUGACUUCACAUCGAUAUGAGCCCGUAAAUACUCGCAGCGAAGACGACGCUGUCUCUUCUCAAGCCACACAGCAGCAGCCUAUCCCGUCAUCCCCUCCACCCUCCUUUCAUUCGCGGACACCAUCCCCAGCAUCUCGCCGCGUGCUAUCCCAGGACCCUCUGAACUCAGACGCGGAUCGAACACUGGCUGAUGCCUUUGGCGAUGAUGACGGACACACCGAUGACGAAGAAGGGGCCGAUGACAGACAGCGGCUGAUGAGGGGGAGCCCUGCCAACACGACGCCAGACAUCGACCCGUCAGAAGCGCCAGCAGGGAGCAACAGUGCUCAACCAGCAGGACGACCCAACGCCUCAACAUCUCGAGUAAUCCGAGGCGCCAACGAUGGAGUGUUUGCGAAUCUUUCGGCCAAGCCAGAGCGAGGAGGCGAGAAACUCGACGAUCUACCACCGACAUAUGAACAAGCAGCGGCAGAUGCUGCUCCUCCGUACUGGGAGACCACUAUCGUGGCUCCUGGCAUGUCAUCGGACGAGGUUUACGUUGAAGGCCUCCCCGUCGGCUCCGUCUUCUCGUUUGCCUGGAACGGCAUGAUCUCGACCUCGUUUCAGCUCGUCGGCUUCCUGCUUACCUACCUCCUACACACCACUCACGCCGCCAAGAAUGGAAGCAGAGCCGGCCUCGGUCUUACCAUGGUACAGUACGGCUUCUACAUGAGAAACACAGACGGCUACAGCCCUCCCGACUCGGACGCCGGAGAUGACGGAUACGUCAACCCACCAGACCCAAACAGCCACAACUUUAACCCUAGUGCCGUCGACGGCUCCGGCGGAUCAGGGUCAUCAUUCCAUGGCCUCACCACCAGCGACUGGCUCUCCUAUAUCCUCAUGGUUGUUGGCUGGUUCAUCCUUAUCCGUGCAAUCAGCGACUAUCUCAGGGCACGAAGACACGAACAGUUAAUCCUCCAAAGCCCUAACCGUGGCCUCCCCGUCCCUAUCAUCGCCGAGAAUGAACGAUCAGAGACUGCAGUAUAA